ACUCCCCUGCCUCCCCUUCGGCCUCCUGCUUGCACCACCUUGGCUAGUAGCUGCUAGCCACAAGAGAAACUGUUUUUCUUGUUUCAUGGACUCACAAUAGUCCUCCUGCCAUGCCAUGCCAUCCGCCAUCCCACCGCCUAUGUUGAUCUGACAGAUUCAUUACGUGACAGAUAAGUCGUAGGAGAACCGUGACUUCGCGUCUGUGUUUCUUCGGCGAAACCGAGGGAGGCUGACGUGCUUUUCCCCGAAGAGGGCCAUUUUGAAGGCCGUGUUUGCCACUGGCAGCCUCUGGCAUUUUCGUCGAUAAUUUCCUCGCACGGUGCUGAUUCAGUCGCUUGCUUCCCUCUCAACUUCCCAAGAUCUGCCGUACUGAAGGAAACAUGGCUGCCCUCACCACCUCCUCUCAAGCCGCCGUUUCUUCGGCUGUAGCGCGCAUCGCUGCUUCCGCAUCCGCGUCAUCGUCGCAACCCGGAAGAUCACUGUCGCAAUCGUCGUCGUCGCGAAUCGCAGCGGCCUCGCCUCUGCGAUUUGCUUGCUCGUCGCGGCGAGGCUCGAUCCAAAGAAGGCACGCCAUCGCCACGGACCGUCUCGUUGCUCGGGGAGACAAAGCAGAGGAGACGAUCAAGGCCGGAAAGGAGGAGGAGGUUGCGGAGAGCAGCCAUGAUGACAUCCCCCUUCCCACCGCCUUCGAGAUCCAGUCGCUGCUGAUGGAGCUCUGCGACGAGACCAAGAUCGCAGAGCUUAGAAUCAAGAUAGGCAAGAUGGAGCUGCACGUGCGCAGGGACGUAGGGGGGAUCAAGGCCGCGCAGGCGCAAGCCUUUGCGCAACACGCCCCCCUUCCCCCCAUGUUCGACUCGCUUCCGCCUGCGUCCCUGGCUGCAAUUGCCCCCUCUGCGCCCGUUGCCGCGCCCCCUGCUGCGGCUGACGGGGAGGAAGGCGUGGAUGAAGGGCUUCAAUACGUGACCGCACCGCGGGUGGGCAUCAUGCGCCGUGGGCGGCAGGUGAAGGGCAAGACGGGCAAGCCACUAGUUGCUGAGGGCUCGGAGAUAAAGAAGGGGCAGGUGGUGUGCUAUUUGGAGCAGCUGGGUACACAACUUGCGAUCGAGUCGGAGCAUGCUGGGGAGGUGGUAAAGUUCUUGGUGGAAGAUGGGGAUGCCGUGGGCUAUGGUGAUUCUCUCAUAGCAAUCCGGCCCUCGUUUCCUGGGAUCAAGAAGCUGGCCAUGUAGAAGGAACCUCUAGAGAGACACGUUGCAAAAUGCAUUCAAUGUUACUGGCACGCUGGUAUAUAACGUUUUGCAAUCAAUAUUACUCAGUUCACCUGGGAUAUGCUUUUCGCUUCCACAGCAGGGCUUCAGAAGUCAGGACAAAAUGCCCUGAUAUGUUGUAUAUGAAGGUGUUUUUUUAGGGUCGUCCUGUUUUUCCAGCUUUUGUUUCUGAGGCCU